GCGCCAUAUUCGUUUGGUUUAUCAGAUUGCGGCUGUGAAGUUGCAUACAGUAUUAAUGAUUCCGAGAAAAGAUUGUUAUUGCUUAUACUUACGUUAGAAGUUGGAUAGUUUGUUACAGACACAUAAACUAGCAAGAUAACGCGGAAGUUGAACGUCUCGCGCGCAGUCGCUAUUCGGGUGUAGGAUUUGGCUGCUCGCUCUUUCAGCACAGGAGAAGAGAGUGUUGUUCUCCCCCGGUGAAGCUGAUCGACGCGCGGCAGGUUGUUGUCCCGAGGGCCGGGAGGGCAGAAUGAGCAGCGCGCAGGGCGGCAGUGAUGACGUGUGCACUCCGGGAAGCAGCGCGCGAGCCGCCGAGAGCACCGAGCUGUUCCAGGAUCUGCUGCAGCGCCUCAGGGAGUGUCAUGGCAACGCAGUGCAGGAGCUACAGUUAAAGGUGAAUAAACUGAAGAAGGAUCGUUGUUUUGAUGCACAAAGACUGGAGGAGUUUUAUAAUAAGAACCAGCAGUUACGGGAGCAGACGAGAACGCUGCAGGAAUCCAUUAAAGCCCUGAAGGGAAGAUUACAGUCUGGACCAUGUGAUCGCUGCGGAGAAACAGAAAAGCAGAUGAAAAAAACACAAGCCAUGUUUGAAAACCUUCCACUUCUUAAUGAACUUCAAUGUGAGAGGGACAUGCUUAAAGAAGAGAACAGAAAGCUAAAUCUUCAGCUAGAGCGGCUACGCGGCCAAAUUUUUCAGCAGACAUCGUUCUCAGAGCCAGAGGAAGGCAUGAUCCCGGACUCGCCGAAGCAGCCGCUGUCCUUUCCUGUAGUCAACAAGAUGAAGCGCAAGAAAGAUCAGAGCCACGUUCGCUAUGCUGAAAAACUGCUGUCUCAAUCACCACCUGACCGUCAGCAGCGAGAGCUGGACCGCCAUGCUGGAGCUGUGCUGGUGCCAGAGACGUGUGAUAUGGAUGUGACGUGUAUUACAAAGAGCAAUAUCAAAAUUCAUGGCAGAACUGUGGUUGCAGAAAGUUGCCAGAUAGAGAUAAAUUCUGAGCAGAUGUCGGAGAGUGAAGUAAACUCUCAGAGCGUUGUCGCUAAAUCUAAGCACAAAGCAAAGAAUGCCACUAAUUGUCUAGGGCCUGAAGAGCAGAAUAAAAUGAAAACUCAAAAUGGGCCGAAAUCUUCACAGAAACAGUCGAGCAAGCAAACUGAGCAGACACUUUUCAAGGAACCAUGUGUGAGACGCAGCUGGGAGACAGAACGGUCCAUGCCUGAUGCUCCAUCUUCUCCACGCAGGGGUUCACUGCUGAGCCAGAACUGUAGUCCCAAUGAUGAGAGCUGGAGCAUGGACCCAGGAGCUGCUCUGUCCCAAUAUGAUGCAAGUAUCCUUCCUCAUCCAGAGCCCAAAAUACAGGCAGAGACUGUAGACUUUGACUGCACAUAUGUGAGCCAUAGUUUGCUAGUAGCUCACCAAAAGAAGACUGAACUGGACCAGACGAACAGCAUCCCAGGAAUAGGGCAGAAGGCUAAUGACAGCUUAGCAAAUAUCUUUGAUACCACUGGGCAUGAAGAUUAUGAGUCCUGCCCUCAGGACGAGACGAGCGCCUUGGAGGAGGAGUAUGAUCAUGAGGAUGAGGAAGAAUGUGAAAAACAAAAGGAGGACAUGAAACAAGAUGAACAGAUGGAGGAAGCAGAGUUUAUGGAUGAACAAGAGAAACCCAUGGGAGAUUCUCCUGAGAGUGAUAAGAACAGGUCUGUUGCUCAUGUAGUAGUUGUACGCAAGAAAGCUGAACGGAGGAAACUUCAAGGUCACACGUGCAAGGAAUGUGAGAUUUAUUACGCUGACCUCCCUGAGGAAGAGAGAAAGAAGAAACUGUCGUCCUGCUCACGGCACCGAUUCCGUUACAUCCCCCCCUCCACCCCAGAGCACUUCUGGGACGUGGGCUUCCCUUCUACACAGACUUGCAUAGAGAGAGGAUACAUCAAAGAGGACAACCAAGCAGAUUUACGUUUGAGGAGGAGAACACCUUACCUCGCUACAUUCUCACCAAAAGCUAAACCGUAGUAGUGGGUUCUGAUGUAACGCUUCAUAGUUACGGAAAUUUGUACAAACUAAGACUAUAGUAGCAUAACACAAUAUUAACUCUAUAGCCCAUGGGAAAUUCUGUAGAAAUCCAGUUUUGUUUGGGAAACUUAUUUGUAAUUAGUAGGUGUAAUGGGUGUUUUGGUAUAUGAUUCAGGUUGUAAAUAGUAAAUUGUUAUAAUAUUGUUGAAAUAAGCUAUAAUAAACACUUGUUUAUGUUACUUUUAUU